GUACUAUAAUAAUACCGCGGCCUCGGAGCCAGGACCUACCAGCCUACUCCCCCCCUCCGCCGGCAACCAUGGCCGCCGUAGCGCCUCCUCCCGACGGCCUCGACCCGCCGCCGGCGACGCCCCCCACCGCCGCCGCCGCGGGCACCCCGCCGCUUGCGGUCUCCGCCACCAACACGCCGCCGAACCCCGCCGCUCCUAACCCCCUCGCGCCAAACCCUAACCCUAGCCCGACGCCGCCCGCGAUGUCCGCGCCUCAGGCGGUCGCGCCGCCGAUGCCGCCCGCGCCGGUCUCCUUCGCGCCCUCGUUCCGCCCGCUCGGCGCCCCGCCGCCGCAGCAGGUGCCGGUGCCGGGGCCGCCUCAGUACGGGGCCAUGCCGAACCAGGGGUACCCGAUGGGGCAGCCGAUGCAGCCGCCGGGAGUUCCCCCCGUGAUGCCGCCGGGCGCCGUGCGGCCGCCCGCCAUGUACGCGCCCCAGCCCAGCGUGUACCUCCAGCAGCCCGGCGCUGCGCUUCCUCCCGGUAUGGCUCGCUACCCUGGACCAUACCCUAUGAUGCGCCCUGGCUUUCCGCCACGCCCCAUGCCUCCAGUCGGUGUUAUGCCGCUUCAGCGCCCACCAAUAAUUCCUGGGAUUCGUGGUGCUCCUCCUAUGGUUCCCCCUACUGCCCGACCACCCACUCCAGCUGCUGCACCUCCUGGCAAGCUACCAACUGCAGUUUAUGUUGGCAAGAUUGCUCCAACAGUGGACAACGAAUUUCUUCUUUCAAUUCUUCGGCUUUGUGGCCCUGUCAAGAGUUGGAAGCGUACGCAGAAUCCAAGUAGUGGAAAGCCUGUAUCUUUUGGCUUUUGUGAAUUCGAAUCUGCUGAAGGCAUCCUUCGUGCAACACGACUGCUCAAUAAAUUGAGCAUUGAUGGACAAGAACUUGUGGUUAACAUUAAUGAUGCCACCAAAGAGUACCUGAAGAAACAUGUUGAAGAAAAGAAGAAAGCGCAAGAGAACACCAAAGAAACAGAAGAUGGUGGUGGGAGUGUGACUGCUGCAGUCACUGGAAAUGAAUUGUCAAAUACUGUUUCUGAUGAAACAGAUACGGAGGCAGGAGAUGGUGGAGAUAAGGGAAAUGAAGAAAAUCCUAAGAAAUUUGGUGUUGUCACAGAGGAAGAUUCUGAGAGUGAUAAGGAUGUUGCAGAAAAAAUUAGUGUUAUGAUUGAAGAGUGGUUAAAGACUAGACCGCCACCGCCACCUCCACCAGUUGAACAAUCUGCUGACAUCUCUUCAAAACAAAAGAAUGGAGAAUCUGAUGUAGACAUGACAAAAACUGAUUCUGAAGAUAAGAAUGAUGUUGGCAGUGAUAAAAGGGCAGUUAAUGAAACUGAAAAGUUAGAAACUGCCUCUCCUGAUAGGAGGAAGGAUAGAGAUCGUGAUAAAGAGAGGCGGGACAGGGAAAAAGAACAAGAAAGGCAUGAACGCGAGCGAGAGCGAGAAAGAGUCAGGAGAGACAGAGAUAAGGACACGAGGUAUAAAGAAGUGGAGAGAUUGUACAAGGAGCGCCUUAAAGAGUGGGAAUAUAGAGAGAGAGAUAAAGAACUUCAGAGACAACAUGAGAAGGAGCGAGAGAAGGAUAGGGAACGUGAGCGCAAAAGGGAGAUCGUGAAGCAGGAAGAUGAGAGCGAUGAAGAGGAUAGUAGAAAAAGAAGGCGGAGGAGUAGUGGCACACUUGAAGACCGGAAAAGGAGGCGGCUGCGUGAAAAGGAGGAAGACUUAGCAGACAAAUUAAGGGAGGAAGAAGAAAUUGCCGAAGCAAGACGGCGAGCUGUAGAGUUGCAACAACAAGCAGAUGAAGCUGCUGCAGCUGCUGCAGCCGUUGCACAAUCUUCUACAGUUAUGGAGGUUGAUGGUGAUGAUGGAAAGGAAAGAGAUGCACAAGACAUACCAAUUGUUGUGGAUGAUGGAAAGGAAAGUGAUGCCUUUGCUAAUGGUGAUGAUGCUGGUGUUAAUGGUAAAGACAAUAAUGGCGAUGAAAAAAACAUGAUACCUGGUGAAAUUUUGGACACCAAACAUAAUAGCAAUGCUCCAGCAAAGAAACUUGGUUUUGGUCUGAUUGGCUCUGGCAAGCGGACAUCUGUACCUUCAGUUUUUGCUGAAGAGGAUGAUGAGGAUAAUGAUGAUAAAAGGGCAAGACCUUUAGUUCCUAUUGAUUACUCCACAGAGGAACUGCAAGCUGUUCAGUCCAAUUCUUCUGCAGACCAACCAAAUAUUGUAGCAGCUGCUGAAUUUGCCAAGCGCAUAUUGGUAGCAAAGGAUGAAAAGCCUGAUGUUGAGAAAGAUAGGGGUAGGAGAUCUAGCGAUAGAAUGAGCCAAAGGGAUAGAGAUAGAAAUGAUGAAGAUGGCGGUCGCAUUGGUGAUCAGAGAAGGGAAAAGACACAUGACCGAGAGAGAGACAAGAAAGAUAAGUCCAAGUCUGAGAACAAGAGUAUUUUGGAUGCAAAACAAUUAAUUGACAUGAUUCCAAGGACAAAGGAAGAGCUUUUUGCCUAUGAAAUUAACUGGGCGAUAUAUGACAAGCAUGAGUUGCACGAGAGAAUGAGACCUUGGAUUGCGAAGAAGAUUAUUGAAUUUCUGGGCGAGGAGGAAUCAACUUUGGUGGAUUACAUCGUCUCAUGCACCAAAGACCAUGUUCAGGCAUCAAAAAUGUUGGAGCUCCUACAGUCAAUCUUGGAUGUUGAAGCUGAAAUGUUUGUCCUUAAGAUGUGGAGGAUGCUUAUAUUUGAGAUCAAGAAAGUUGAGACAGGUCUAUCAGGGAGAGCGAAGGCAUGAGGUUGAACUAUUGCCGUUGCACCAUUUUGAUUCACUAGUCAUCAACUGCCAGCUUGCUUGCAAGCUCAUACUGUAAGAAUACUCCAUCUAAAAUACAUUGAUCCUGUCUCCAAGUUUGUUAAAAAGGAUCAAGAGGUUGAAUUAGUGUUUACCAUUCGUUCUGGUGUAUACAUGAACCGCUAAUAAUUGCUUCUCUUUGCAUGUAACUUUUAAAGCU